AUGGGCGCCCAAAUAUCGAACGAAAAGCUUUCCAGCUCAAAAAUUGGAAACAACAAGAAUGUACUCAAUCUUUUGUCUAGAUCUCGAGCUACAAAACAAUCGGAUUCAUCACUGGAGAGGUUACCCGUAGAGAUUCUGUUGAAAAUCAUGCGAUCUCUCAUCGUCUCAGACGUUUCCAUUGCAUUCACAUGCCCUCGAAUGUAUGUAAUGUUCAAAGACGCGUUUCCGCGACCAAUCAGUUUAUGUAACACUGGUGUUACCCCUCAUAUCGAUCAUCUUGAUGCUCUCAAGGUCAAAAAAGUACAUUCAAAACUCAUCAAGUACGCACCAAUGCUGAGUAUAUAUAAGCCCAAAGACUAUAUAUACAGAGUAGUGACACGCGUAUGUAAGCCUGCGAGAUACGAUAUCAAACUUGAGGUCCUGUAUCGUUUUGAACACUAUGGUCGGUUUCUUCGCCGACCAUACUAUGAUAACGAAGAGAAUUGCAGAGAUCUUAAGGACAAGUAUGUUGAAUACGAGUUGUAUGUCCAUUGCUGGAGUAGAAGAAUGGGGGAAGUAUUCACGUACCCCUACCCGCAUAACAAGGGACGAGUCAUCUACGAGAUGGAAAUGAAGCGAGAAAUUCAUCGAUUGCUAGAUUCCAUGGACGAUGCAACUCCUAGCCAGUAUAUCGAACGUGAGUUCUUUAUGAAGGAGUUCCUCGCAAUCGGUUCAUACAAAGAGAUUCAAGACCUAAUUCUUGCGGAUUUGUCCCUGAUACGAUAUAGUCAAUGGAGAGAUAUGUCGAAUUUUUAA